AACAUGUGCAACUGUUUGCAGCCUUCUGUUGGUGGACUUUGAAUGAACACAACUAGGAAAGAGAUCGCCACGUCUUAAUCGUUUUCGACACUUCAUAGUUUUCGAGUUUGCUGAAUAAUGGAUCAUAUUUGAAUGCAACUCAACCAACAUGUAGUGUUAGGGCGAAUCAAAGAAGAGUCACCGAUGGUGUCUUUACUUAAUUUCAACUCAUCAUGUCUCUUCGAUAUUUUAGUCUUGUCACAAUUUUCAUAUUGCCGACUGGUAUGUCACAGCUCUCCGGUGACCCGUUAAGCUGCGUCAAUGAAGGUGAAAGGAUUGAAAUUCCAAGUAUAACAGUCGAUCCAUGUAUUUCGUGUUUUUGUAAAAAUAAGAAAGUUGAAUGUGGAAAAGAAAAAUGUAGAUCAAUGGACGAUUGUGCUCUUGUUAUAACAAGUUUGGGUUUAGAUUGCUGUGAAAGGUGUAAAGGUUGUUUUUUAAAUGGUGAACGAUAUGAAAGCGGAGAAACAUGGACGUCGAAUGAUGAUGUAUGUGAAAUAUUCCGUUGUCAGGAAGGCGCUGUGACGUCAUCAAAAAUACAGUGUUUUGUGCCGUGUACCAAGCCGAUUGCUAUCACAAAUCAGUGUUGUCCGGUAUGCCAAGGUUGUUCGUUUGAAGGAAAAAGUUAUAACAAUGGCGACACUUUCAGCGUGUACAAUGACGUUUGUGUGCAAUGCUCAUGUGAGAACAAGAACGUAUAUUGUGAGAAACAAUCAUGUCCUGUUCUCUCGUGUCCUCUGGAACAACAAGCAACUCAACAGGGUACGUGCUGUCCAGAGUGCACAGUUCGUCGUCGUGUUUUUGAUUUAGCAAAUCGUUGUUUGUUCCGUAAUUCAAUCUACUAUGACGGCGAAUCAUUUGAAGAAGAUCAAUGUACUAAAUGCAUUUGUUUGGAUGCAACGGUAAUUUGCCGACGUGAAAACUGUCCAAUAUUAGGCUGUGAAGAAAAGGACAUUAUAUUGGAAGCAGGGAAGUGUUGCCCGGAAUGUCUGGAUUAUACUUGUAGUGAAAAUAGCAAUAUUUACAUGGAGAGUGAAACGUGGUUUAAAGAAGACGACUCUUGUGUACAAUGUACGUGUAAAAGAGGAAAGAUAACAUGUGACCACAUACAAUGUGAUAACAUAGUUGACUGUCCGUAUGACCACACACUUACGAAGGGUGAUGGUGAAUGCUGUUACCGAUGUGUGGAAAAUAUGGGUGUAUGUACAGUAUUUGGGGAUCCGCAUUACAAAACGUACGACGGACGGCUCUACAACUUCCAAGGAACUUGCAAAUAUGUACUUACCUCAGAUUGCCAUGAUAACAGUUUCAUUGUCCGAGUGAAGAACAGUGCUCGCAACACUGCCUCCUUUUCAUGGACCAAGUCUGUUUACAUAACCAUUGGUGACUAUGACGUCACGUUUCACCAGGGGUUGAACGUAAGAUACAAACAACAUCCAAUUUCACUGCCAUUCGAGGAAUCAUCUGUGUUUUAUAUAGAAAUAAGAGAAAAUAUGGUAACAAUGACAACACGUUUAGGAAUGGUUAUAAGAUGGGACGGAGAUAGCUACCUUGAAGUAGUAAUACCAAUAUCGUACAAAAAUAAAGUCUGUGGCCUAUGUGGAAACUACAAUGGUAAUUUGUGGGAUGACUACACAACUCGUGGUGGCGUUGUUAAAAAUCAUGCCCCGUUAUUUGCCGAGACUUGGCGAAUUGGGAGACGCAGUGUCUGUGAUCGUCCAGAACGAAAACGCAUCAAAGGGAGAGACGAACACUGUGAAGAAGGUUCGAAAAGAAAAAAGAAAGCAGAGAAAAAAUGUCGAAUUUUACACUCCCGCGUCUUUGAUGAAUGCAAAAAAAGAGUUGACGUCGAGCAAUAUUACAAUUCAUGUGUAACGGAUAUGUGCGAGUGCACUGACGAUAGACAGUGUCAAUGUGAAGCCACCAUUGCCUAUCACAGGGCGUGCAUCAGGAUUGGAUUAGAUGUCAAUUGGAAACGGCGAAACGUGUGUAAAAUUGACGUGUGUCCUCGUGGUGCUGCAUAUGACAAGUGUGCCCCUGCUUGUCAGAAGACGUGUCAAUUCAGAAAUCGACUCAAUGAAUGCAGGGAAAUAUGCAGUCCAGGAUGCACUUGCCCAGAAGGUUAUGUUGUUUCUGCCAACACAUGUAUAAGACCAGAGGAAUGUCCGACUUGAGAUGGAUACCCGUGACUUCAUGUUUAAUUUAUUCAACACAUUUUAUAUACCGUUUAUUUAACGUGAAUUAUUAACGCCACCAACGUAUCGUAGCGGUACAAACAAUUUGGUCAAUUAGGGCGCUGUAUCGCCCACUUUUGAUGUUAUAACGGUUGACAGUUGCUGUUGUGUGUGACUUGUAACGGGUACCUUGCACCUAUUAGACGUUAUCGUUGACGUUUUUGACGUUACUUUAUUUGUUUAUACGAUAUUUUAACGAACAUUUCUCAUUUUAUUACACAUUUCAUGAAAAUGGAAGUUGUUUAAAUUAUAUAUGUAAGUUGUCAAUGUGAAUUAUAUAUAUCAAGUAGCGACAUGGACGCAUUUAUCGGAUGUACAUGUCUUCUGUCCUUAUCUGGUGUCGAUUUAUGGAAGUCACGACUUAGUAAACUAAAUGUGUUCUAUUUAAA